AUGCCUCAACAAUCGGCACAAUCCUCCAGUGAGACUGACCCAACCGCGAUAUGCAGCUGUAAGCGAACCGAUCAUCCUAAUGAUAGUACCCAGUGGGGGUGUAACAACACUGUUCAAGGAUCUCAACAAUUCUGUGAUGAGCGUUGUCGAGACGAUCCUUUAUGUCAUGCGUCCCUGACAACGCUAUCACAAAACAUGCAUGGCAAUUCGCGACAGGGCGGCACUGACGAAGUUGCAUUUGAAACUUUCGAUAGCAUGUCUGCGCAUUUUGUAGGCCGCCAACAAGGCUCCUCUUCGAAAUUUGACUUCUCAGCGCCAUCUAGACCUCCUGAACGAGGAACAGCAGGUUAUGACCGGGUCUCAACCAAUGACUUGUUAUCCAUGCAAGAACAAGUCGCACGCAUGGGUCCAGAAGAGCAGCGAACUUUCCAUGAAUGGUUCAGCCAUUACGCGAGGACAGGGGAAGAAUGGUAUAACCCGGAUGGUGGUCAACAUAAUCCUAAUGCUGGAUAG